CUCAACAAUAAGCGAUCUACGUAUGCCUCCAUUCUUCUUACGCACUGCCGCCCAACUAUCUCACUCGAUCCUGUCCUAUGACUACCUAUGUCCAAGUCUGAAAGAAAUCGCUGCAUACAUUGGUGUCUUGGCUGGCUCCCUGACGGUCGAUACAAAACCUGUCCCCGGCACCCUGGCCAAUCCUUCACAAAAGUCCAUACUAUACACUGUCUCCAGAUGCACCGUAGACUCAUGAUGCCCCAAACCAUUUCUGACCCAUUGUCCUUCCUUUUAAAUAUGCUACCUACCAAGAAACCUCACUCUCCUAAUACAACACUUUCGUGGACCAUCCACUGGUCAACUAUAUGCAGAAUCCUAUAUGAACUCGAUUACCUACAUCACGCUAAACUUCCGCCUAUCCCGCCCACUCACCUCGGGCAAAGGCUCUUAAAAUGGCUCCUCUCUUCUCCUUCUCACUAGUGUAUCUUACACUUGAUCCCAUUCACUCCUUUCAAAACAUUUUUACCCUUGAUCCCAAAAGGGUUUUUUAGUUACCACUAUCCUUUCUUUCUGAACUGCCUCGGGUGGAAAAGAUGUAAUAU